AUGACUGCUCAGGUAACACUGGAGGAUGCCUUGUCCAAUGUGGAUCUCUUGGAAGAAUUACCACUGCCAGAUCAGCAACCAUGUAUUGAACCUCCACCAUCAUCUCUGCUUUACCAGCCAAACUUCAACACAAAUUUUGAAGACAGAAAUGCGUUUGUCACUGGCAUUGCAAGAUACAUUGAGCAAGCUACAGUCCAUUCUAGCAUGAAUGAAAUGCUAGAAGAAGGUCAGGAAUAUGCAGUCAUGUUAUACACAUGGAGAAGCUGCUCAAGAGCCAUUCCUCAGGUCAAGUGCAAUGAGCAGCCUAACAGAGUAGAAAUUUACGAGAAAACUGUGGAAGUUCUGGAGCCAGAAGUCACAAAACUGAUGAAUUUUAUGUAUUUUCAGAGAAAUGCGAUUGAACGGUUUUGUGGGGAGGUGAGACGCUUGUGCCAUGCAGAGAGGAGGAAGGACUUUGUGUCUGAAGCAUAUCUGAUCACGCUGGGCAAAUUCAUCAACAUGUUUGCAGUGUUGGAUGAGUUGAAAAAUAUGAAGUGCAGCGUGAAGAAUGACCAUUCAGCCUACAAGCGUGCUGCUCAGUUCUUGCGGAAAAUGGCAGAUCCUCAGUCCAUUCAAGAAUCCCAGAACCUCUCCAUGUUCCUUGCCAACCAUAACAAAAUCACACAAUCUUUGCAGCAGCAGUUGGAGGUGAUUGUUGGCUAUGAAGAGCUGCUUGCAGAUAUUGUGAAUUUGUGUGUGGACUACUAUGAAAACAAAAUGUAUCUAACGCCCAGUGAGAAACAUAUGCUUUUGAAAGUUAUGGGCUUUGGAUUGUACCUGAUGGAUGGAAGCGUCAGUAACAUCUAUAAGCUGGAUGCAAAGAAAAGGAUAAAUUUAGCGAAGAUAGACAAGUUCUUUAAGCAGUUGCAGGUUGUUCCACUCUUUGGUGACAUGCAAAUUGAACUUGCAAGAUACAUUAAGACCAGUGCCCAUUAUGAGGAAAAUAAAUCCAGGUGGACAUGCACGUCUUCCAGCAGCAGUCCCCAGUACAAUAUAUGUGAGCAGAUGAUCCAAAUCAGAGAAGACCAUAUGCGUUUCAUAUCAGAACUGGCUCGUUACAGCAACAGUGAGGUGGUGACUGGAUCUGGUCGACAGGAAGCUCAAAAGACAGAUGCAGAGUAUCGGAAGCUCUUUGAUCUCUCUCUCCAAGGCCUGCAGCUUCUCUCCCAGUGGAGCGCAUAUAUCAUGGAAGUGUAUUCAUGGAAGCUGGUACAUCCAACUGACAAAUAUUCUAAUAAAGAUUGUCCUGACAAUGCAGAAGAGUAUGAAAGAGCAACAAGAUACAAUUAUACUAGUGAGGAGAAGUUUGCGUUGGUUGAGGUGAUUGCUAUGAUCAAAGGUCUUCAGGUGUUGAUGGGAAGGAUGGAGAGUGUUUUCAAUCAUGCCAUUCGCCAUACCAUUUAUGCAGCUCUUCAAGACUUUGCCCAGGUUACACUCAGAGAGCCUUUAAGACAAGCCAUUAAAAAGAAGAAGAAUGUCAUUCAGAGUGUUUUGCAGGCCAUCAGGAAGACAGUCUGUGACUGGGAAGCGGGUCAUGAGCCGUUCAACGACCCGGCUCUGAGGGGAGAGAAGGACCCCAAAAGUGGUUUUGACAUCAAAGUCCCAAGGCGUGCAGUGGGACCCUCCAGCACUCAGCUCUACAUGGUUCGCACUAUGACAGAGUCCUUAAACUCUGCCGAGCUGUUGAAGCAGCUCAAGUCUCUGGGACUGGAAAAGCUAUUGCAUGUGACACACAAGUUUCUGAGGCAGUCCUACACCUAUCCGCCUCUUUUAAACUUUGGUGAAACCCUGCAGCAGUGCUGUGAUCUGUCUCAGCUGUGGUUCAGGGAAUUCUUCUUAGAGCUGACCAUGGGCAGAAGAAUCCAGUUUCCCAUUGAGAUGUCCAUGCCUUGGAUUCUGACAGACCAUAUUUUGGAGACCAAAGAGGCAUCAAUGAUGGAGUAUGUUCUGUAUUCUUUGGACCUUUAUAAUGACAGUGCUCAUUAUGCACUUACUAAAUUUAAGAAGCAGUUCCUCUAUGAUGAGAUUGAAGCAGAGGUAAACCUGUGUUUUGACCAAUUUGUCUACAAGCUGGCAGACCAAAUAUUUGCGUACUACAAGAUAAUGGCUGGCAGCCUACUUCUGGAUAAACGAUUACGUUCAGAAUGCAAGAACCAAGGAGCAACCAUUCAGUUGCUACAGUCCAACCGCUACGAGACGCUGCUGAAACAGAGGCAUGUCCAACUUCUUGGUAGGUCAAUAGACCUGAACCGACUGAUCACUCAGCGAAUUUCAGCGGCCAUGUACAGGUCCAUGGAACUGGCAAUCGGUCGAUUUGAAAGCGAGGAUUUGACUUCCAUUGUGGAGCUGGAUGGCUUGAUAGAGAUAAACAAAAUGACUCAUAAGCUGCUGAGUAGAUACAUGACCUUGGACAGCUUUGACGCCAUGUUCAGAGAAGCCAAUCACAACGUGUCAGCCCCUUACGGAAGAAUCACUCUUCAUGUCUUUUGGGAACUGAAUUACGAUUUCCUUCCAAACUACUGCUACAAUGGAUCCACUAACAGAUUUGUUCGGACCGUGCUACCGUUUUCUCAGGAGUUUCAGAGAGAUAAGCAGCCUAAUGCACAGCCGCAGUAUCUCUAUGGAUCGAAGGCAUUGAAUCUGGCAUAUUCCAGCAUCUACAGCAACUACAGGAAUUUUGUCGGUCCCCCUCACUUUAAAGUCAUCUGUAGACUUCUCGGAUAUCAGGGUAUUGCUGUGGUGAUGGAGGAGUUGCUGAAAGUUGUCAAGAGUCUGUUACAAGGGACGAUUCUUCAGUAUGUCAAGACCCUAAUGGAGGUGAUGCCCAAGAUCUGUAGGUUGCCGAGACAUGAGUACGGUUCUCCAG